AUGUUGAUUGGCGUAGACUAUGCCGAAUUGCACUUUUCCAUUAUAGAUGUUCGUGGUCGACCUGCGGAGCCAGUGGCUCGACUGACGCCUUUAGGCUGGACGUGUAUUGGUUCACCUAAGCUGACAGAGGACAGGAGGUUUUGGGAGAUCGACUCAUCUGGGUCAAUUACAGAAAGAGAACUGCUGAAAAAAGAGGAAGUGUCGGCGAUAAAAGUAUUUGAGAGCUCAGUGCAGUUCAAAGAGGAGAGAUAUGAAGUAGAGAUGCUAUGGAAACCAAACGCACCCGAGUUACCAAACAACUAUGAGAUGGCAGUGAGCCGGUUGAUCAGCACUGAAAAGAGACUUCUUAAGGAUACUCGGCUAGCGGAGUCUUAUUCAGAAGUCAUCAGCAAGCGCACACAGAAGGGCUACAUUUCUAAAGUGACACCCUUUAAGACAGAGGAGAAGGCCUGGUAUCUUCCACACUUUGCAAUUAUAAGACGUGAAAAGACAGCUACGAAGACUAGGGUGGUUUUUGAUGCCUCUGCAAAAUUUGAUGGACUGUUAUUGAAUGACGUCAUCUGCCAAAGACCAAAACUCCAAAGGGAUACCUUUCAUGCACAAUUUGCUUCUCAGAAGCAUGCAAGGCAAAACCAAGAGCACUACCCGAGAGCGACCGAGACAAUGUUGGAGUCUACAUACAUGGAUGACGGGAUGGACUCUUCCCCUAGCGAAGAGAAGUGUGUAAAACUUUACGAGGAACUAUCAGCGCUGUGGGGUUCCGCAGGUAUGCAUGUCAGAAAGUGGCUUUCGAACUCAGAACAAGUAGUUAAGAGGAUACCUGAAGAAGACAGGGUUUUAGAAGUGGACUUAGACAAAGGAAAUUUGCUGUCAAUGAAAACGCUUGGUGUGUUGUGGUUGGCUAAAGAUGUUUUGACUUACAGAGCGAAUCCACGAGAUGAGAAGUUUCGGUUGACCAAGCGAAAUCUCCUGCGGUGGUACAGCCUAGUGGCCUCCAAGUCACGAGUGACACCACUAUCAGCUACAAGGAGUCCAAGACUCCAGCUUAUGGGAGCUGUUUUGGGAUUAAGAUUGGCCCUGUUUAUAGCCAAGGUCCUUAAGAUUGACCGGAUCCUACUCACAUUCUGGAGUGACAGUAUGAAUGUAAUGUGGUGGAUUCGAAGACCCAGCCGAAAUUUGAGACCGUUCACAGCAAAUCGACUAGGAGAAAUACAUGAUUCAAGCAGUCCUUCUCAGUGGCGUCAUGUUAGCACACACCAGAAUCCUGCUGACCUGCCAAACAGAGGAAUGUCUGUGACUGAGGUAAAAGGAAGCGAGAUGUGGUGGAAGGGUCCGAAGUUCCUGAGCAUGGAAGAGGACACAUGGCCAGAAACAGAGAUUGAUGUAACUCCUGAAGCAACACUAGAAGUCCGCAAGAAAGUGAGGGCAACAUUUGAUGUGCCAGGCACAGAAUCAGUACUAUUCGCGCUUACUCCGCAAACGACUUCGCGUUUACAUCCCAGCAGAUAA